AUGGAAACAAAAAGCAAUUACGACUUUAUCAUCGUAGGAGGUGGUCCAGCUGGUUGCGCCCUGGCUGCAGGACUGGCUAAAUCAGCCCAAAGACCUCAAGUCCUACUUCUUGAAGCUGGUGGGCGCAAUGAUGAUAGAGCUUUGCGAGUAGACGGAAAGCGCUGGACGACAUUCAUGCAGGGAAGCAUGAAUUGGGGAUACAAGACUACACAUCAGGAACAUUGCAAUGGGCGCGAGCUCGACUAUUCCCGUGGCAAGGGUCUGGGAGGCGGCUCGGCAAUCAACUUCGGGGUCUACGCUGUAGGCACGCGGGACGACUACAAUGAGUGGGCAUCUAGAGUGGACGAUGAUACUUUUGGGUGGAAAGAGAUGCAAACCCGCUUCAAAAAAUUGGAGACUUUCAAUGGUGCUGUCACUCUCUCGGAGAAUCAGAAAUAUGCCAAUCCCGUUGCUUCCGACCACGGCAAUUCGGGCCCCCUGCGCGUCGGGUAUGCAGAUGAUUGGGAAACGGACUUGUCACUCUCGCUAGAUGCAUUUGAAGCGGCUGGGCACAAGCUCAACUUGGAUCACAACUCGGGUAACCCCCUCGGCAUGGCCGCCACUAUUAACUCCGCUAGCAAGGGAAAGCGCACUACGUCUGUUGACUUGCUUUUGGAUGCUCCUGAUAAUCUUGUGAUUGUCACAGACAGCCCAGUACAGCGGAUUUUGUUGCAGAGCAAAAAGGCUAUUGGAGUAGAGACUCGGACCAAGCAGUACUUCGCUUCCCGGGAUGUGAUUCUCUCUGCAGGCUCACUCGACACCCCGAAGAUCUUAAUGCAUUCUGGAAUCGGACCAGCUGCAGACCUUGAGAAGUUCAACAUUCCAGUAGUCAACGAUCUCCCCGCCGUUGGCCAGGGUCUCCGAGACCACUACUUUGUUCCUCUGAUUCUUGCCCGUAACCCCGAGACAAAUGACCGCAAUUCGUUCUUCCAGGACCCUGCCGCCAUGGAGACUGCAAUGAAACAGUGGGAGGACAACAGCACCGGCCUGUGGACCCGAUACAGCUGCCAGAUCGGUUCUGGCUGGUUCAAAUCAGACCGCAUCACCUCCUCGCCCGAAUUCAAAGCACUUCCAGCGUCCGUCCAAGAAUUCAUGAAUCGUGAAACCAUCCCCCACUACGAGUUGAUCACCCACCUACCCAUCCAUUUCAUGAUGCCUGAUAUGUUCAAAGAUUACAGCUAUGUGGGUUUCUCGGCAUUCAUGAUGAACGAGCAGUCCAUCGGUGAAGUGCGCCUGCAGUCCUCCGAUCCAGACGUCCCGCUGCUGUUCAACCCACGGUUUCUCGAGCAUCCCUUCGAUCGUCGCGCCUGUAUCGAGAUCUACCGACACUUGCUGGAAGUUAGUAGACAGGAGGCCUUUGCGAAGGACACUAUCUCCACGCUGAUCGGGCCCGCGUCUGAAUCUGACGAGGACAUCCUCCAGUUCUGGAAGAACUUCCUCUCUUCUAGCUGGCACAUGACCGGCACAGUGAAGAUGGGCAAGGCCGAUGCCAGUGACACUGCUGUUGACACUCAUUUCCGCGUGCGGGGCAUGGACAACCUCCGUGUUGCUGAUAUGAGUGUCGUUCCUGUUCUCACUAACAACCACACCCAGACUACUGCUUACGUGACUGGUGCUACUUGUGCUGAGCUUAUUAUCAAGGAAUAUGGCCUGGAUGGACAGUAA